ACAUUGCUGAUGUUAAACAAUUAGAAGAUGAGCUUAUUAAAUAUUUUACAGUUAUGAGAAAAAAUAAUGGAACUCCUUAUUCAACCAGUUCAAUUCGUUCAUGCCUUUUUGUAUUAAAUAGAUUUUUUAAUAGCGAUUUAUCUAAAAUUAAACCAAUUGAUUUAAAUGAUAAAAAAAUAUUUUCAGAUUUAUGGGCUAUUUUAAAUGGAAAAUUUCGUGAAUUAUCAGAACUGGGAUAUGGUGAAAUAAAGGGUUCGGAUGCUUUAACUUUAGAAGAAGUUAAAAUUAUUUUAAAUAAUUCAACUACUUCUAAAGAAUCUCCACGUGGUUUAUUACAUAGAAUUUUUUUUUAUAAUGCUAUUUUAUUGGAUUUACGUGGUGGUGAGCAUUUUACAUUAGAAGCUUCUAAUUUUAUUAAACAAAAAAAUGAAGAAGGUUAUAUCGUAAAGAUUUAUAAAUCCAAGACAAAUCAAAGAACAGCAGAUUGUCCAGGACAAGCAGAAACUUUCAACAUUCCCAAUUUAUCAGAU